CGCGCCCCCUCUUUUUCAGCCUCCGGGACUUGAGACGCUCAGACGACCUGCUGACUGAAAACCGAUAUGGCGGGCACUCUGGGCAGCGGGGAACGCUGGACCCAAGCUUACAUUGAUGCAAUUAGAAGAAACAAAUCCCCAGAAGACAGACGACCUGGCAGUCAUGAUCCCUGUGGUUGCUGUAACUGCAUGAAGGCACAAAAGGAAACAAAGCCUGAAAAUGAGAGGAAUCAGACCCGGCAGGGAGAGGGGAGCUCCACUUACACCGAGGAGCAGCUACUUGGGGUCCAAAGAAUCAAGAAGUGCAGAAAUUACUAUGAAAUUCUGGGUGUUUCUCGCAAUGCCAGUGAUGAAGAACUAAAGAAAGCUUACAGGAAGCUCGCCCUGAAGUUUCAUCCUGACAAGAACUGCGCUCCUGGAGCAACAGACGCCUUCAAAGCAAUAGGAAAUGCCUUUGCGGUCCUGAGCAAUCCCGACAAGAGACUCCGCUACGAUCAGUAUGGAGAUGAGCAGGUGACUUUCACUGCACCUCGAGCCAGAUCUUACCAUUACUACCGGGAUUUUGAAGCUGACAUCUCUCCAGAGGAACUGUUCAAUGUGUUCUUUGGAGGACAUUUUCCUUCAGGAAAUAUUCACAUGUUCUCAAAUGUGACAGAUGACAGUCACUAUUAUCGCAGGCAACCCCGCCAUGAGAGGACACAGACACACAAGAGAGAGGAAGAAGACAAACCUCAGACUCCAUAUUCCGCAUUUGUUCAGCUGCUUCCAGUUCUGGUGAUUGUGAUUAUUUCUGUCAUUACUCAGCUGCUGGCCACUAACCCCCCAUAUAGUCUAUUCUAUAAAUCAACCUUGGGCUAUACCAUUUCUAGAGAAACGCAGAACCUGCAGGUGCCUUACUUUGUGGAUAAAAACUUUGACAAGGCCUACAGAGGAGCUUCUCUUCGUGACCUGGAGAAAACAAUAGAGAAAGACUAUAUUGACUACAUUCAGACAAGCUGUUGGAAGGAGAAACAGCAAAAGUCAGAGCUGAGCAACCUGGCGGGGCUGUAUCGAGAUGAGCGGCUGCGGCAGAAGGCAGAGUCACUGAAACUCGAAAACUGUGAAAAACUUUCCAAGCUAAUUGGCCUCCGGAGGGGCGGCUGAGACGAAGACGAAGCCCGGCUCAGGAUGGGGGUUUCUUACUUGUUACUAUUUACAUUGCAAAUCCAUUUUAUAAUACAAGUUAGGAGAUGAUGAACACUUACUAUCUGCGACUUUGUUGGGCAGAGCUGCAGGACAUGGAGCCACGCUUGUCACCAUCCAGUUCUUCCAGGCCGGCUCCCAGGGCCGGGAGAGUUCAUCUAAGUUACGUGAAUGGUAACGUUUGGACUCGGCUCCACUGUGAAUGUAGAGCAGGGCAUCCCAGAGGAGACCCACAUUUCUGCCUUCAUCCUUCUCGCAGCAAAAGCCCACUCCCUAGGCAUUUCUAGGCUCAGCCAAUGCACUUCAAAGUACUGAUGGCGUCUGCUGAGAGUUACACCUCUCUUUGCCAUAGCCACCAUCCCCCAGUGGUCGGUUUUCCACUUCCUAAGGAGAGUAGAGAGAAACUGAACUGUUUGGCCAAUAGUUCGGUGUUAUCCAAGUCUGUUGAGGCAGGAGCAUUAGCAAACUGCCUGAUUUGUGGUUUCUUUUCUUUCUUUCUUGAGAGAAGGGCUCAUUCUGUACCCCAGACCAGCCUGGGACUCCCUCGACACUCCAAGAUGGCCUUGAAAUUGUAGGAGUCUAUCCUCCUGCCUAAGAGCUGGGGUCACAGGCAGCAGCUACCACACCCAGGAGGUUCCUUCUGUCUCCUUAGUCAGCUCUCUCAGAGGGUCUAGAAGGUCAAACCUGUGAGCAGGCUGGGCGCGGUAGUGCAUACCUUUAAUCCUAGCACUCACACAGGCAGAGACAGGCCAAUCUUUAUGAGCUCAAGGCCAGCCUGGGAUACACAGCAAGCUCCACACCAGCCAAAGACGUAAGGAGAUCUUGUCUCAAAAGUAAAUAACACAAAAAACCUGUUGAGUCCUUCAGCAGACAGCUCAGCAGCAGGAAGCAUGGCUAAGGAAGAAGGUAAAAUACAAGACUGUCAGCUCUUCAGUGUAGAUUCCUGGUCCAUUUUGGAACUAGAGAUCACCAUGUCCCUUCCCCUUUAAAUCAUCAUUUAGUAUGGUAGGUUGUGCCCUGAGCACAAGUAUGCACAGAAGUGCAGUGGUCAAACCCAAGAGGAGGCUCAGGUCUAGAGAGCCAAAGGGAGGAGCCUGUCUCUGCGGCACGGAGGGCUAAUAUUAGCCUUAACAGUCACUCUGUUUGACUCAAGAGUCCUGCGCAUUCUAGUACGAGGGUCUUCCAUUCAUUCAGUAUUUAUGGAGUGUCCACUACAAAGCAAUGGCUUUCACCUCUCUCUCUCUCUCUCUCUCUCUCUCUCUCUCUCUCUCUCUCUCUCUCUCUCUCUCUCUCUCUUUAAUUUAUGCCUCCUCAAAAUUUGUGAAGCUGGCGCAUUACCUCUUUCAUGAAUCAGAACAGGACAAAUGGUUGGCCUGGGUCAUGUGACUAGGUGAGGAAGUACAGACGUGAAAGCUCGUCCUGUUUCUCAGAUGACUCUAGCCAGGUUGGCAAAGCGGAGAUUUUCCCUGGAACGCUUCUGCCGUCCCGGCCUCUGCCUCCAGUUUGCACCCUUUCCAUCGCAGUUCUGCGUCCUUCAGGACUGCUACCCUGCCGAUCUUUCAGAAGCAGGACCAGGGCUGGAGAGAUGGCUCAGUGGUUAAGAAGAGCCUGGCUGCUCUCCCAGAGGACUCGGGUUCA